AAGGGGGCCAAAAAAGACGACGAGGAGGAGGAAGCAGCAUGGGCGCCAAGCAGAGCGGCCCGGCCGCCGCCAAUGGCCGCACUCGGGCUUACUCCGGCGGGGAUUUACCUUCGAGUAGCGGCGGCGGCGGCGGCGCUAACGGGACUGGCGGGCGGCCGAUAGGUGGCGGGGGAAGGUACGCGCACCUGGCGUCGGGAGCGCACCACGCGGGGCCCGGCGGCUCUGCGGCGGCCGCGGCUCCUCCGGUGGCAGCGCCCCGGAGCCGGUCUCUGGUUGGGCCGGCCGCCUCCGGGGCUCGAGCCGCGCACUCUGCCUUCAACAUCCCCAACAGCAGCGGCCUCUACGGCUCCCAGGAUUCGGUCAACAGCACCCCUGAGGACGGCGGGCGGGAGCGGCCCGGCGCUGGAGGAGGCGGCGGCGGAGGAGGAGGAGGACAUGGCGGCGGGAGCGGUGGGCCCCGGCUGGUCAUCGGCUCCUUACCUGCCCACCUCUCGCCUCACCUGUUUGGAGGAUUCAAGUGCCCUGUUUGUUCCAAGUUUGUAUCUUCAGAUGAAAUGGAUUUACAUCUUGUGAUGUGCUUGACAAAGCCAAGGAUAACCUACAAUGAGGAUGUGCUGAGUAAGGAUGCUGGGGAGUGUGCAAUAUGCUUGGAAGAGCUACAACAAGGGGAUACAAUAGCACGAUUGCCUUGUCUAUGCAUAUACCAUAAAGGAUGCAUAGAUGAAUGGUUUGAAGUAAACCGGUCUUGUCCUGAGCAUCCUUCAGAUUAAUGGUGGAGGUUUCUGGUUUGUAGUCUCUUACACUGAUCAACAGAUGUAAAGGAUCUGAAGUUCCGUCUUCAGAAGUAGAUUUGAAACUGGACUCGUGUUCAUUUUGGACCAGAAAAGUGGAGAGGGAACAUUGCACAGAGCACAUCCCGCAGUGUACCAAGACCUUGCCUAAAGGAGACACAGGAAUUCUGAAAAUGCUGCACAUUCAGGAACAAUCUUCUUCCUUUAUGGACUUUAUGGACAACAUUUUGUAUCUACAGGCCAAAGUUACUAAUUUUCAGUUUAAUUUUUUAAAAGCUGUCUACAGAAGCAGGAUAUUGUCGUAUCCUUUCUUGAAUGGAAGCUUUGUGCUCCAGAUCAACACUUUGGAACAUUUGCACAAGGAAGAUGCCAUCUUAGGUUAGAAACUUUCUGCCAUUCCCUGCCCCCUCCACUGAAGAAAAAUAAAUGGCAAACAGUGAAGUACAGUCAAAUGAGGCGACCUCGCUCAUGAAUUCCCCACCUUGUUGUCAGUAUGCCAUUCACACCUUUUUCUGUGAAAAGAAUGCAACAUUCCUCAACUUAAGCAAUUUUUUUUCUAAGUAACUCCUUGUCAGAUUGCAGCCCAAAGAGCAAAACAAUAACCUGGGCAGAUUGUUACUUGACAGGCUAAAAGGUUGGUGAAAUUGGCAUACUGUGUUCAUUCCUGUGUAAGUAUACAAAAGUCCACUUUUACUGCUUGUGGGGUAUCAAUGCAACAGCGGCAAAAAUUGGGGGGGGGGAGGGCAUAAUUUAGCAGCUAUGCAAUUUUUUUUAAAAAAACAUGGGAAUAUAAGAAUUACCAUCUCAAGUGCUGCCAGUUAAGGUAAUUUUAACGGGUAUUUUUUUAAAUGUUUCAGGUAGUUAUUUUCUUGUAAUACUUUACUCUCCUAGCUGUGUAGCCGCGAAGAUGGGCAAAGUGAUACCAAUUCCUGAAGUUUUCAUGGGGAUGAUGGGACCUGGCUUGACUUCUUGUGUGUACUGUUUUUAAAUCAAAAAUUGUUUCAGUGACAGAACAUAGUAACUGGCAUCUAACACGGUUGGUCAGGCGAUAAUUCUAUGUCCAGUGGCUCAUAAUUCAUAAUGAUAUGGGUUUAAGCAUCCAUAACUGGACGGAGGAUUUGACUCUAUUUCAGUCCUUUAAUUUGUUACUGUUCUAUUGUGGCUUACUAUGAAUUGUAAAUGGAGGUAUCGGGUUGGGUGGGGAAGGCACUCAUAAAGAAAAUUUGAGUUUAAUAUAUUUGUUUCCACAAGGAAAGGGGGCCUGUUUGAAAUUUAUUAAAAUACCUUGUGAAGUUUGUACUAAGGUGGAAAAGUAUUGAAUAAAGGUGACUGAAAUUUUAAAAAUGUUUAAAUAGAAGAAA